GGCUUGAUCUCAAGAGAGGUUAGUUUGCAGGUUUUAGUCACGAUGCACACUGUUGGAUCGUUUGAGCCAAAUGAGGCGCGAUCCAUGCUGUUGGAUAGAAGGAUUUCUAGGUUUUUCCGGGAUUGUGUUCUUUCUCUCGCCAUCGCUGCCCGUUCUUUCCAGGGAUCCUCACUGGCGGGAUUGUCCAUCCAAGCUGCUUCUUUCUAGGUUUGUUGUGUUUCGGGAGGUCGAGAAGGCCGAAUCUCAAGGAGACGGCCAAAGAUUCCCCUGUCUAACUGUGCAAGCUUGUUUUUUCUCUCUUGUCUUUACUGAGUUUGCCGGUGCAGUGAUGAAGACCAGAUCAUCUCCAGGAAUUCUCUCAGGGGGUAUCGAUCGAGUGAAGACUACAUAUCCAUAUGUAGCAGUUAAAAAAGCAGACAGAGAGCAUGGAGGAUAUCCAAUGGACAGGUUUUGCUAUGAAAGAAAUGGACGAAGGGUCUACUUUCCUCGGCCUGAGGAUAUGCCUGCGGAGGUAACUUUUCCCCCUUACUUAAAGGGCGUGUGCUUAGAGGAGGCACAACAAGCAUAUCAACAGAAAAAACCAAAUAUCCAGUUUCUACCAAAUGGUGCCAAAGCAGAAUUUAGUAAAGCAACUAAAGGCAUGUUCUGGGUCACUGUUGGACAGUAA